AUGGAGAGCGGUACUGAUGCAUUUAGAGUCAGCAGUGCACGUAUCGGAAGCUCUAGCAUUUGGAGGAACAACACCAUGGAAGCUUUCUCCAAGUCUUCUCGUGAAGAAGAUGAUGAAGAAGCCUUGAAAUGGGCUGCUAUUGAGAAACUGCCAACGUAUUUGCGUGUAAGGAGAGGAAUACUCACUGAAGAAGAAGGCCAAUCAAGGGAGGUUGAUAUAAAGGACCUUGGGUUCAUAGAGAGAAGGAAUCUGCUGGAAAGGCUAGUGAAAAUUGCAGAAGAAGACAAUGAGAAGUUCUUGUUGAAGCUUAAGGAACGCAUUGAGCGAGUUGGACUUGAUAUGCCAACAAUUGAAGUCCGGUUUGAGCAUUUAAAUGUUGAAGUAGAAGCUUAUGUGGGAAGUAGAGCAUUACCUACCAUGUUCAACUUCUCUGCAAAUAUACUAGAGGGAUUGUUGAGUUACCUGCGUAUUCUUCCUAGUAGAAAGAAACCGUUACCAAUCCUUAAUGAUGUCAGUGGAAUUAUUAAACCUCGAAGAAUGACAUUGCUUUUAGGGCCCCCAAGCUCAGGCAAGACCACAUUACUGUUGGCUUUGGCUGGAAAGCUCGGAAAAGAUUUGAAAUUUUCAGGCAGAGUAACUUACAAUGGACAUGGGAUGGAAGAAUUCGUGCCACAGAGAACAUCAGCUUAUAUAAGCCAAUAUGAUCUUCACAUAGGAGAAAUGACAGUUAGGGAAACAUUAGCCUUUUCAGCAAGAUGUCAAGGGGUUGGGCCUCGUUAUGGGAUGUUGGCAGAAUUGUCUCGUAGAGAGAAAGAAGCAAAUAUCAAGCCUGAUCCUGAUAUUGAUAUCUAUAUGAAGGCCGCAGCACUAGAGGGACAAGAGGCCAGUGUAGUUACAGAUUAUAUUCUCAAGAUAUUGGGACUUGAAGUUUGUGCAGAUACCAUGGUGGGAAAUGAAAUGAUACGAGGUAUCUCUGGUGGACAAAAAAAGCGAGUCACUACAGGGGAGAUGCUGGUUGGACCAGCAAGGGCACUCUUCAUGGAUGAGAUAUCUACUGGUUUGGACAGUUCAACAACAUAUCAAAUAGUGAAUUCAUUGAGACAGUCCAUCCAUAUCCUCAAUGGAACAGCUCUUAUCUCUCUCCUCCAGCCAGCCCCGGAGACAUAUGACCUAUUUGAUGAUAUAAUUCUUCUUUCAGAUGGCCAGAUUGUGUAUCAAGGUCCUCGGGAGAAUGUGCUUGAGUUCUUCGAAACCAUGGGUUUCAAGUGUCCUGAAAGAAAAGGAGUUGCCGACUUUUUACAAGAAGUGACAUCAAGGAAAGAUCAGGAGCAGUAUUGGGCUCGAAAAGAUGAGCCUUACAGUUUUGUCUCUGUCAAGGAAUUCGCUGAAGCAUUUCAGUCUUUCCAUAUUGGUCAAAAGCUAGGGGAUGAUCUUGCUAUUCCGUUUGACAAGUCCAAAAGCCACCCGGCUGCUCUAACAAAAGAGAAGUAUGGCGUUUCCAAGAAAGAUCUGAUAAAAGCUUGUGUAUCCAGGGAAUAUCUUCUAAUGAAGAGGAACUUAUUCGUCUACGUUUUCAAAAUGAUUCAACUCAUUAUCAUGGGGCUCAUAACAAUGACAUUAUUUCUAAGGACAAAGAUGCACCGAGACACGAUGACAGAUGGUGCUAUUUUUAUGGGAGCUCUGUUCUUCAUUCUCAUCAUGAUAAUGUUCAAUGGAUUCGCGGAGCUUGCGAUGACCAUCAUGAAACUUCCUAUCUUCUACAAGCAAAGGGACCUUCUCUUCUAUCCUUCAUGGGCAUAUUCUCUACCCGCAUGGAUUCUUAAGAUCCCAAUCAGCGUCUUAGAAGUUACCAUCUGGGUUUUCAUGACUUAUUAUGUCAUUGGCUUUGACCCAGAUGCUGGGAGGUUUUUCAAGCAUUACUUAAUACUCCUAUGUCUCAGCCAGAUGGCAUCAGGACUAUUCCGAUUAAUGGGAGGAUUAGGAAGAAAUAUAAUUGUUGCAAAUACAUGUGGUUCAUUUGCUUUACUUGCAGUUCUUGUUAUGGGAGGAUUCAUCUUAACCCGAGAUAAUGUCAAGAAAUGGUGGAUAUGGGGUUACUGGAUCUCACCAUUGAUGUAUGGACAGAAUGCCAUUGCUGUGAACGAAUUUCUAGGGAAGAGUUGGAGACUUAUUCCUCCAAACUCUACGGAGCCAUUAGGAGUUUCGAUCUUAAAGUCUCGUGGAAUUUUCCCUGAAGCACACUGGUACUGGAUUGGAGUGGGCGCUUUGAUUGGAUACUGUUUCCUGUUCAAUUUCCUUUUCACAUUGACCCUAAAAUAUCUUGACCCAUUUGGGAAGCCUCAAGCAGUAAUAUCUAAAGAAACCCUAGCCGAGAAAAUUGUUAGCAAGACUGGAGAAAAUGCUGAGCUAUCGUUAAGAGGAAAAGGUUCUUCUGGUGGACGGAUCGAAAGCAGAAGAAGUGCAUCAUCCAGGUCGCUGUCUUCAAAAGUUGGGAGCAUCAAUGAAGCUAAUCAGAACAGGAAGAGGGGCAUGGUUCUUCCUUUUGAGCCCCUGUCUAUGAGCUUUGAUGAAAUCAAAUAUGCUGUAGACAUGCCACAGGAAAUGAAAGCUCAAGGUGUUUCUGAGGAUCGAUUGGAACUUCUGAAGGGAGUGAGUGGUGCUUUCAGGCCUGGAGUCCUGACAGCUCUGAUGGGGGUAAGUGGUGCUGGCAAGACCACUCUGAUGGAUGUGUUGGCCGGAAGGAAAACUGGUGGUUAUGUUGAGGGAACAAUCAAAAUUUCAGGGUAUCCAAAGAAGCAGGAAACAUUUGCUCGCAUAUCUGGGUACUGUGAGCAAACGGACAUCCAUUCCCCCCAUGUUACAGUCUACGAGUCCUUGCUUUUCUCUGCAUGGCUUAGACUACCCCCAGAGGUUGAUUCUGAGACCAGGAUGAUGUUCAUUGAGGAAGUCAUGGAGCUUGUGGAGCUUACCUCACUAAGGGAAGCACUUGUAGGAUUGCCUGGGGUGAAUGGUCUUUCAACUGAGCAACGCAAGAGGCUAACAAUUGCAGUUGAACUUGUUGCCAACCCGUCCAUAAUAUUCAUGGAUGAGCCUACCUCUGGGCUUGAUGCCAGGGCUGCAGCUAUAGUAAUGAGAACAGUGAGGAACACUGUGGAUACAGGACGAACUGUGGUGUGUACCAUCCACCAACCAAGCAUUGAUAUAUUUGAUGCUUUUGAUGAGCUACUUUUGUUGAAAAGAGGAGGUGAAGAAAUAUAUGUGGGCCCAUUGGGCCGCCAUUCUUGCCAUCUGAUAAAGUAUUUUGAGGAAAUAACUGGAAUCCCAAGGAUAAAGGAUGGCUACAAUCCCGCAACUUGGAUGUUGGAGGUUACUUCAGCAGCACAAGAAGAAACCAUUGGUGUCAACUUUACCAACAUAUACAAAAACUCGGAACUAUACAGGAGAAACAAGGCGUUGGUCAAGGAACUUAGCAGUCCUGCUCCUGGUUCCAAGGAUUUGUACUUCCUGACUAGAUAUUCACAAUCUUUGAUCACUCAAUGUAUGGCUUGCCUAUGGAAGCAGUACUGGUCAUACUGGCGAAACCCACCAUACACAGCAGUGAGAUUUUUAUUCACGACUGUUAUUGCUCUAUUGUUUGGGACGAUAUUCUGGGAUCUAGGUUCCAAAAGAACAAGGCAACAGGAUGUUCUCAAUUCAAUGGGUUCUAUGUAUGCCGCUGUUCUCUUUAUAGGAUUUCAAAAUUCAGCAGCAGUUCAACCAGUUGUGGCAGUUGAAAGAACAGUCUUUUAUCGAGAAAGGGCAGCUGGGAUGUAUUCAGCGCUACCAUAUGCAUUCGGACAGGUUGUGGUUGAGCUACCAUACGUCCUGGUUCAAACCGUCAUAUAUGGAGUUAUAGUGUAUGCCAUGAUUGGAUUCGAAUGGACAGCUGCCAAGUUCUUUUGGUAUCUCUUCUUCAUGUAUUUCACCUUCUUAUACUUCACCUUCUACGGGAUGAUGACCGUGGCUGUUACUCCAAACCACAAUAUUGCUGCCAUAGUUUCAUCUGCCUUCUUUGCACUAUGGAAUCUUUUCUCAGGAUUUAUCAUUCCCCGAACAAGGAUUCCUGUUUGGUGGAGAUGGUACUACUGGGUGUGCCCCAUUUCUUGGACAUUGUAUGGACUAAUUGCUUCACAAUAUGGAGACAUAAAGGAGACGUUUGACUCUGGUGAAACAGUGGAACAUUUUGUUAGAAACUAUUUCGGUUUCAGAGAUGAAUUUGUGGGAGUGGUUGCAAUCGUAGUAGUUGGAAUAUGCGUGCUCUUCGGAUUCAUCUUUGCAUUCUCAAUCAAGGCAUUUAACUUCCAGAAGAGAUGAAAAGUGCCAUUAACAUGGCUGCCAGGCUAUUUGCUGAAGCGCAAAUUCCAAUAAGUUUUGCUUGUACAAGAUACAAAAUAACUAUAUCCACGACAGACCCCAUCAGCUUCUAACAAAAGAAGGAAGAUAAAUAUGAUCAAUAAGGAGUUUUCUCAACUUUGCUCAGGGUAUUGUACAGUUUUUCUAGUUCUUUACUGCUUUUUUUUUUUUUGGAUAAUUAGUCAAUCUUCCAUUAAAGUACCAUAU